CUUCACUUCUUUUAAACAGUGAUUGUCAUACAACGUAGACCAUUAGGAGGAUUUGUUUCAUAGUGAAAUUAUUGUGAACGUUUUCUUUACCAUAAGAAUAAUAAUUCCAAGACAAUGUUGUCGAAAAUCAUCUGUCUAAUUGUCGUUGCUUUCGUAUACAUUGCUAGUGGAGCACAAUUUCUAACAGCUCCAUACCAACAUCCAGAUUAUCCUGGACAAUGCUAUGAUCAAGAAUCAAAACAACCAGUUCAAGUAGGAGAAUCAGUGGACAGCUUAAAGGGAUGUAAAUGGCAACAAUGUCAACCUGACUUUAGCUUUGUCGGUUCAACAUGCGCUCCUACUGGUCAACCACCAGGAUGCACAGUUACUAAGCCUGACUUUACGAAGAAUUAUCCGAAAUGUUGUCCACAAGUGAUUUGUAAUUGAUGUUAUGAAAGAGAGUUCGUUUCAAUAAAGGUGUAUCUUUGUUUUGUGCAUAGAGUUAUGGGUUUUGCGUUUAAUUUAUCAUGUACGUUAUUGGAUAAGUGGGAGACGACGAUUAAAUGGAACCUCAUAUACUAACGCAAAAUCAGUUCUAUUUCCAUCAGACCAAUUUUUAAUCAAUUUAUCUACCAAAUGGGCAUGAUGAACAAAAUGAGAUUACUUAAUUAACCGAAACUUAAAAGCUUUUGAGAUUAAAAUCAUUUCUGUACCAUAAUCUCGACAAUUUUUUUUUCUUUUUCGAAAAUAGACAAGUCUUUCAUAAAUUACAAUUUAAUAAGCAAAUUGUUGAUGGCAUUAAAAAUGUGAAUGUAAAGGCAAAUUACUUGUUUUCAAUA